AUGAGCGAAGAGAUUCAUGAUGGUAAUCUUCACAAUGAUUGCGUGCAGAACUGUGAGCAGAAGGAGCAGACACUGUUGAAUGUGGAGUUGAACAUGUUGGAGCCAACUCAGGGCCCAGCAACCCAGGCCCCCAGCGGGCCACGCCCACCGCCCAUCCUGAAUGCAGCAUGCCCUCCAGGCAGCCGCCUUGUGCUGCCUGCUGUCCUCCCCACCAUGCCUGUGGUGACAGCAGGUACUGCUGCCUGUGGCCCAAACCAGACUGGCAACCUCAACAUCCUCCUCCAGUUGAGCACUCAAGGGCAAGUGGUGGAGCCUCCACGCUCUCAGACCUUGGUCUUUCAUCAAGCCCCUCUCAACUGGAGUGUCCAGGGGGCCCUCUGCGCACAGGCAAAGAAGCCUGCUCCCCUCUUGCUGCCCAAGUCUUCCCUGCAGCCAGUAGCGCCUGCACCAACCAUAAUCAGGGCUCAGGGCACCCAGCAGGGCUGCACACAGGGAGCAGCUCCACCACCUCCAGCUCCACCACCGGCUGUCCAGAUGGCUCCCACGCUGUGCCCCGCAGACAACGGGCCUCCACAACAGGGAGCAAGCACAGAGGGCUCCUUGCCUACUUCCAAGGACAAAGCUCCAUCGGGGGAUUCCAGCGUCUACAACAACUUCCGGCGCUGGCAGCAUUUCAAGACCCUGGCCCGCAGGCACCUCCCGCAGAGCCCUGAUGCCGAAGCUCUAGCCUGCUUCCUCAUCCCGGUGCUGCGCACGCUGGCCCAGAGGAAGCCCAGCAUGCCACUGGAUGAUGGCAUGCGGAUUGCCAUGCGGGAAUGGCAGCACAAGAGCAACUUUGACCGCAUGAUCUACUAUGAAAUGGCAGAAAAGUUCACGGAGUUUGAGGCAGAGGAGGAGAUACAAAUUCAAAACCUGGGGUGGAAGAAAGAGAACCUGUGCCAGCCCCUGCCAACACCACAGCAGCUGGCUCCUCCUGGGCCCCCAAGCCCUGUGGCCCUCCAGCAACCAGCCCACUCCAGGUGCCGUCGGCAGCUUGUGCUGGACCAGCCCCACCAGCUCACAUGCCCAACAACCGCCCUCUGCAACGUGGCUGAUGCGGAGCUCGAGCCCCUGAACCUCACUCGCCUCUUUCCUCCCAUAGAGCAUGCCCGCGAGAAGAACAGCUCCAAAGCUCUGCCCAACAAACCCUUGCCACAAAGACACCAGGCCUCUCGGGAAAGGACACCCAAGGAGAUCCCUCCAGAGGCCGUGAGCGAGUACAUGGACAUCAUGGAUGCACUGCUGGAGCUGGGGCCCUCCGCCUCGGGCCAGCCCAGUGAACAGCCAGAAGAGGACGGCAUGCUGCAGCCCCAGCAGGAGGGACUGGGCCCCGACCCAGAGCUCCUGAGUUACCUUGACCAGCUGUGCUCCCAAGAUGACUUUGUCACCAAGGUGGAGACCAUCAUCCAUCCGCGAUUCCUGGAAGAGCUCCUUUCACCAAAUCCACAGCUGGAUCUCGUGGCCCUAGCCGAAGAGCUGGACAAGGACAAGGAGGAAGGGCUGAACCCUGACCAGGUGGUGGACAAGAACCUCUGGCCCUUGAAGACGGAUGGCACCAUGCGGGAAAAAACCCAGGCCUGCGACACCCCUACUGGAAGCCAGUACUUCGGAUUCCAGAGCCCUGCAAGGCACACAGAGAGAUGA